UGUAAUAUACCAGUCUAACCGCACGCUCGGAAUGGGAAAUUAUAGUUUUGAGUAAUUAUGUAUAGGCUAUGUUAUUCAAGAAUUAAACUAAAGUAAUGAGCCUUAAUGUUCACAACAAUUCAAACUAAACUGAGAGACAGUUAUUUGAGCUAGAUUAAACAAAACUCGUCCGCAAAAUAAGCUUUAACAUAUCUGUAGCCUACGUUUCCUGUUGUCAACUAGACUACAGUAUAAAGCUGUGUAGGCUAAAGAAAAGCUUGAAUUCGUGUCAUCACAAGUUGAUGAUGCAAAUUCAAGCGUUUCUUUAUAGCCUAGCCCUUAGCCAUCUCAAAAUCGAAACCAAAAUUCAUGUUUGUCACGCUGCUGUCAAGAAGUUGCGAAUAGGCUGCCUGUACGCAGUUAGUCUGUUACAUUAGAGAAAGAAGGAAGAUGGGUAGCAUUCUCGCACUAAAUCUGUUGGUUUCACUGUUGCAGUUUUCACAAAAUAUGGCAUGGACAGAUUACAAAGCCGUCAGCAUCCUCGCCUAUACCAGGUUGACUAGCAGGGACUCCGUGGAACAAGGAGUACUCGUCCUCGUGAAUGAGGCUGUGUUUGCAUACUUUAACGCCACUGAGAAAACCUUCCUGCUUCGGUCUACUGCGAUGGCAGGCUUUUCUGUACUGGAAGCAGAAGAACGUAUGUAUUGUGUGUCUGAGGUCAUCAACGCCUUUCCACGCCAACAAGACUAUCUGGACAAGUUGAUCAAGCAGACUAAUGGUGCCAAGCCGCCUAAACUGAGCCCUUCAGUUAAUGUAUACAGCCAUUUUCCUGCAAUGCCAGGAAGUCCUAACUACCUCUACUGCUAUGCCACUGGCUUCUACCCUGGAGAUAUAGAGAUCAGCUUUGUUCUCAAUGGACGUCCAUUCCCUGGUCCUACAGAGUCUUCUGAUUUAGUGUAUGGGGAGGACUGGACCUUCAGAGUGUUUAAAUAUAUCAGCAUCCUCCCCCUACCCGGAGAGGUGUAUGAGUGCUUUGUCAACCACAGCAGCCUCGCUCAACCUAAAAUAACUGUCUGGCGGCCAGAAGUGUCAAAGACGAUUGGGGCAUCCGUUUGGUUGACCGCUGUGGUGGCUGCAGCUUGUGGGGGAGCAUUGGGCUGCUUCAUGUCUGUGUUUGUAUGGAGACAGAGAAAUGUUACAAAGUAGGAAAAAACAUUGAUAUUACUUAUAUUAUCUUGUUUUUUCCAAACCUUUCUACUUUUUUGUCAUAAGUAAUCAAAACAGCAAAACUAUGGUUAAUGAUUAAAGGCUAAUGGAACUGGUGUGUGACAUAAAGAUUUCAGCUUUUCAGAUUUUUCCGGUUGUGAGGUAAGGUGAUCAGAUGUUGAUACAUAGCAUAUUGGAUGUCAAAUAGAUCUCCCACAUUUUUCUGUCAACAAAAUAACUUAAAAACAAAGCAACACAAAGAUGUACUUCAGUUUGGAAAGUCCAUUACAAAUAGCACAUUCCCAGGUUGUGUGGCAAACAUGAAAUUAAAGGAUUUAGUGACAUCUACCUGUGAGGUUGCACCCAACUGAAUACAUCUUAUUUUCCAUUUCCAAAUGAGUAGAAGCUAUGGUGACUGCCAGAUGCCAUAUAAAAUGUGAAGGUAGCUGCUCAACUUUCGGUGCAGAGGUAUCACUAAAACAAAAAAAUAAAAUUCCCGAACCGGUUAAUAGCAUUCUAUGUCAGCUGCGGGACAUACAAAUAAGUAGGCUGAUCAUUAGGACCUUAAAAUUAUAUUGUUAACAUCAUUUUCAAGUCUCUUUCCUGUCAUCAAACAUGAAAUAUGUGAGCGGCAUAACUAAUUCUGACAUGCCUACAUUGUUUUCAGUAUUAUACAUGAAUUAAGACAAGGACAAUUUCUGCCAUGUCGUUUAUUGGCAAACAACUGAACACAUAUCCAUUAUACUGUACUUCUUAGCUCAAUUGGUGCAAGUGACAAAUAGGGCAGGCUACAUACUGUAGCUGUCAUUGAGAACUUCAAUUGACCAAACCUGAUCAGGGCCCAAUCAGUGCAUUUCUUUCUCUUAUGUCAUUGUGGUAGAAAUUUUGGAUUAAUAACAAAUCUUAUGCAAUAGAAGUGAUUACUAAUACGUUUAUAUUAGAAGUGAAUACUAAUCUACAUAGAGGUGAUUAACAUUAGCCUACAUGUUCAUAUAUUAUGUGUAUGCUUUUCUAUACAUUCGAUACUGUGCAUCAACUUUGCUUUGUCAUUUGCUCUCUCCAUGUCUCGACUUUCUAAUAAAGGUCAUGCGACCCUUUUGCCACGA